AUGGCCUCCAAGAUUGCGGGCAAAGUCACACGGCGGCUGGUAGGCGACCAUGCCAAGCGGUACGAGCCCGAAGACCCGCUGUACGAGUUUUACACGGUCAACGGCAAGCAGAAGCGGCGCAAGCGCGCGCUGCCACCGGGCCUGACAAAGAAGCAGGCGCGCACCCUCAAAAAGAUCAAGCGGCGCGCCCACCACCUCGACAAGGGCUUCACCAUCUGCGGAUUCCGCUUCGGCUGGACCGCCAUCGUCGGCAUCGUCCCCGGCCUCGGUGACAUCACCGCCGCCCUGCUCAACUAUACCCUCGUCGUCAAGCCCGCCAAAAACGAAAUCGACGACAUCCCCGACUGGCUCGUGCGGCAACUGCUCUUCAACAACGCCGUAUCGGCCGGCGUCGGCCUCGUGCCCAUCGUCGGAGACAUUGCGCUUGCGGCCUGGCGCGCCAACUCGAGAAAUGCCAACCUCAUCGAAGAGUUCCUACGGGUCAAGGGCGAGGAAAACAUGGCCGCCGGUCUGCAGGACCUCACGCCGCGUCCCCCUUCAACCGACGUGGCCGCGCCCGCACAGGACGCCGUGAGGCAGCAGGUCCAACAGGCCUCGGCGAGCAGCUCACAGACCCGCUUUUCGGCGGGCAGAUAG